AUGCUGUUAACUAUUUUACGAUCAUUAAAAGCUCAUAAAUAUAUCACUCGAUAUUCAUCAUCAUAUAUUCAAGGUCAAGCGCCACCUGAUCGUACAGACGUACGAGAAUAUUUUUACUAUAUUGAUUCUUUUGGACAGCUAUUCUUAGAUGAUGUUCGCUUUAAAAAUUUUACCUCAUGUUACAAAGAUCCUAAAUUUCUACAAUUCUUUUUUACUCGUGUUCGAGCUAAUACAUUUAGUGAUCGUCCUUAUGUUUCCUUGUUUCCAUAUGUAUCGUUAUGUGGUCGGGAACGUAAUUUUAUUCGUUGUGCUGACGUACCAUUUGUUUUAACUCAAUUUUUCGAUGAAAAGGAUUUAUUCGAAUGUUGUCAUAUACCAUCAACAAUGUUUUCCAUACGAUUUGAACCUGAACGAUUGUAUGUGAAACCAGAUACAGGACGCAUUUAUUAUCCAUUAUCGGACAACUUUCAUACUGGUAUUGCUCUUAUUAAGGAUGCCAUUGCUGAACGAUUGAGUUCUCACCUUAUAUAUGAUGCUAAAACAGAUGGUGUACCGCAUAGUAUUGAAUGGAAAGAAAAACUGUAUCAUUUGAAAAAAGAUAAUCCAAUAGAAAAGCUUGUUUUUGAACAUAGUCGUUUUGUAGCAUAG